GCUGGGCGACGGGGCGGGGCCUUGGCUGCGUCGGCUGCGUAGCGCGCGCGCCGAUCGGACCUUGCUGCGGCCGUUGGCCGUUAGCGUGGCUUGGGCGGUUGUCUUGGAGAAGCAAGAUGGCGGCGACGGCGGCCGCAGUGGUGGCCGAGGAGGACACGGAGCUGCGGGACCUUCUGGUGCAGACGCUGGAGAACAGCGGGGUCCUGAACCGCAUCAAGGCUGAACUCCGAGCAGCUGUGUUUUUAGCCCUAGAGGAGCAAGAAAAAGUAGAGAACAAAACUCCUUUAGUCAAUGAGAGCCUGAAAAAGUUUUUAAAUACCAAAGACGGUCGUUUAGUGGCUAGUCUUGUUGCAGAAUUUCUUCAGUUUUUUAACCUUGACUUUACUUUGGCUGUUUUUCAACCUGAAACUAGCACACUGCAAGGUCUCGAAGGUCGAGAGAAUUUAGCUCGAGAUUUAGGUAUAAUUGAAGCAGAAGGUACUGUGGGUGGACCCUUAUUAUUAGAAGUGAUCAGGCGCUGUCAACAGAAAGAAAAAGGGCCAACCACUGGGGAAAAAGCCAACAAUGAGGCCAAUCAGAGUGAUACAAGUGUCUCCCUGUCAGAACCCAAGAGCAAAAGCAACCUUCACUUACUGUCCCAUGAAACAAAAAUUGGAUCUUUUCUAAGCAACAAAACUUUAGAUGGCAAAGACAAAGCUGGCCUUUGUCCAGAUGAAGAUGAUAUGGAAGGAGAUUCUUUCUUUGAUGAUCCCAUUCCCAAGCCAGAGAAAACUUAUGGUUUGAGGAAUGAGCCUAGGAAGCAACCAGGAAGCCUGGCCUCGCUCUCGGAUGCACCCCCCUUAAAAAGUGGACUCAGCUCCCUCGCAGGAGCCCCUUCCUUAAAAGACUCUGAGAGUAAAAGGGGAAAUACAGUUUUGAAAGAUCUGAAAUUGAUCAGUGAUAAAAUUGGAUCACUUGGAUUAGGAACUGGAGAAGACGAUGACUAUGUGGAUGAUUUUAACAGUACCAGCCAUCGCUCAGAGAAAAGUGAGAUAAGUAUUGGUGAAGAGAUUGAAGAAGACCUUUCUGUGGAAAUAGAUGACAUCAAUACCAGUGAUAAGACAAUCACUCAGCUGGAAUGUCUGCUCUCUAUUGGUGCCUUGCAUUUCAAAAACACUGCAGAUAUUUUUUAAAAGUAAUUUUCAUUUUACUAAACAAAAUACUUCCUAUUUGAGCCCAUGUGUGGAAGAUUUAAUAUUCUUAAUUUAACUGUACAUUUCUUUAUGGAAAUUGAUUAUCUACACAGUUUCUUUACAGGGAAGGAACCCAUGAAAACAUCAGUGUUAAGAGCAUGAUGAAAGGUGUCAAUAAAACCGUAGGAUCGCACAACCCUUUGUGUGUGUGGCUGCUGGUACGUGUGGUCUUUGAAAACCUUGGCUUUAGCCCUCUGGAAUCAGAGCUUACCCACCAUAGUAUAUUUUGAUAUUAGGUGGUUCUACACAUAGUUGGCAAAAUGACUUGGUAAAAUUGUAAUACUGAAGUACAUUAGUAUAAGUUAAAUUUGAUGUGUCAACUUUAUUUUGUAUUUCCUUCCAUUUGGAAGGUUUGUUAGACCAUUAAGGUUAUAUUAAAGUACUCUUGUCUGUGCUAUUUAGUUUUGCUUGUUUUAAAGAAAUCUAGAAGUGGUUAUGAGUUUUAAUUCAUAGAAUUGUCAAUAACAGAUAACAUUUGCAAUUGUCAUUCCUUCUGUUGUCCAUGUAAGCAGCUUUAGUCGUAGGUUCUCUUCAUUAUAAUUUAUUAUUUGUAAAGAUUCUUUGAAACAUAUUCAGUACCAAAAUGCAUCUGAAACCAUUAAGCAGUGCUUUUAUUUCAGAUCUGUAAGUUAAUUGUAUUAAAAUCCAAAUUGGAAUGAAAUAGUAGUAAUGGCCUAAGACCAUGUUCAGUUUGACAAGCUUUAUAUACUGUACAUAAUUUCAUAAUUUCAUUGUAAUCCUUAAAAAUAGAGCCAAUAAUAGAAUUUCCGCAGUCUCAUUUAUACGGUUAAAGCAUUAUUGCUAUUAUGUAGGUCACGGACAUUUAUAAUACCAAAAUAUUUCAAAAUGUGCAAGUAGAAAAAACAGUAGAAAGUGAUGCAUGCAUAUUUAUAUAUAAGUAAAGCUAGGAUUAUGCUGUUUUUGCACUUUAUAAUUUCAGUUAAUUUGCAACUUUUUACUACAAGUUACCUUUAUUAGUAAAAGGAGAAAUUAGACCUAAUUCAUUGAUCUCGGUAAGUGAGCAGACUGCAUGACUUGUGCAAUGCCAGUUUCUCAUUUCAUAUUAGCCUAAAUAUUAUAGAAAUUACUCCUUGGGCUCUAACAUGUAGAGAAAAUGAAAAUGUAAGGAUUGAGGCUGUGUAACAGAAUCUGGCUUUUUAAAUUUUAAGUGAAACUGAGCUGUAAACAUCAAGAGGAAGUAGGACAUAAACUGGGCUGGUACAGCCUGGAAGCCCUGUGUAUUUCUGCCCUCUGUCUGUGAGCUGCUAUCUCAGUCUCCUUCAGCUCUUCAUGUCUUAGUAAACAGCACCAUGUGCAGAUGUAAUCUUGUUGCAGUCCCCCAGUGUGGUUGUUAUAAAAUGCAUUUCUUUGUAAGUCAUCUCUGUAAACAGUCACUUUCUAAAAGCACUAUAGUUCUGGCCCUCUGGAAUCUGGAUCACAUGUAUGAUUUAUUUUUAAUAUUUGAUAGGAACUAGGUUUCAGUGAAAUGAUUUGAAAGCAUAGCAGGAUGUGGCUUUUUAAAUUUAUGAAACUGUCGAACAGUAGCAACUGAAAUUUGUCACUUUUCUGUUACCCAGAGAAUCAGACCUUUUGAUAAUAUUUGGGAGGGUAAGAGAAAAAUGCCAAAUAUGAAACUUUUUUGUCAGCACUACAUACAUCUUUUUUUUGCGGGGGGCGGGUGGUACGGAGUCUCACUCUGUCACUCAGCCUAGAGUGCAGUGGUGUGAUCUCGGCUCACUGCAACCUCCGCCUCCCGGGUUCAAGUGAUUCUCCUGCCUCAGCCUCCUGAGUAACUGGGAUUACAGCUGUAUACCACCACGCCCGGCUAAUUUUUGUAUUUUUAGUAGAGAUGGGGUUUCACCAUUUCGAUCAGACUGGUCUCGAACUCCUGACCUUGUGAUCCUCCUGCCUUGGCCUCCCAAAGUGCUGGGAUUACAGGCAUGAGCCACCGUGCCAGGCCAGCACUACAUCCAUUUUAUUGAAUAAUUUUAAAUGACUUCAAGUUCAACUAUGAAAAAGCUUUCUUUUCACAUGUACUUUUUGAUUAUGUAUUACCAACUUAUUAAACUUGAAGAUGUGAAGUGACAAGUUUUGCAUGUGAUGAGUGUUUUCUGUUAAUAAAUAUUGAAAUAUUAACCCAUGAAAUACAUUUUUAUGGUAACCUUUGUUUUACAGUGGAGUUUUUUAAAUGCUAGGUCUUUUACUGAUAACUACAAAUGAAUAAAAAGCAUUUAUUCUC